AUGUUUCUUUUCGUGAUCUUGAUACUGUUUUUAGCCGUCGCGAUCGCAGUUACACCAGCUUUCCACGCCUUUACAUAUAAGUUGAAUAAAUACAAGGACAGCCUGAAGUACUUGAUAUGGAACAAAGACAUCCCGCACGAGUCUCACCGGAGUAACUUCAUCCGCGCAGGUACGAUGCGUCCAGAGAACAAUGGCACGCAAAAGAUUCGGAUCCUGUUCAUUCGUCACGGCCAGUCCGUUUGGAACUCCGUUUACAGCGAGAUGACCAUAUGCUUACCCAUUCGCAUAGUGCGUGCCCUCAUCCUCGAGGCAAAGUACUUCUUCACCAGGCCGCUCGAUUCGCAGUUCAUUGACACGCCUCUGAGCGCUAAAGGAAUUAAGCAGGCUAAGGAUCUCGCGAAUUUCGUGCGAGGGGCAGAAGGAAAGAUCACGUGCGAUACCACCACCUCCGUGGUACUCUGCAGCAAUCUGCGUCGUACCAUGCAGACCGCACUCAUUGGACUUAGCCCACGUCUCAACUUGACGGGGGAGAAAAUCGUGGUAGACUCUGCAUUGCAGGAAGGAUCUGGUUUUAUUGACACGCAGUCCUUUUCGACCGAAAGUGGGAAAAUCGCACCUUUCACCUUCCCAGGGUUCGAAGACCCUGAGAAGGUGCAAAACAUGUUUGACGCCCACCUAAAUAAAGGAAAUAAGCCUCUCGGAGUCGAUGUGGACGCUCGUACGGAUGAUUUCUUGCUUCACAUUUUUGGUGGCACCAUCGUUCCGGCUGAAGCAGGGGAGCGUGGAGCUAAAGAUCUGAAGGAAAUCAUUGUUUUCGGACACAGCUUAUUCUUCCUUCAAUUUUUCCGCCGCUUCCUGCCACGCAGCUCUUCGCAUAUUGCCAAAAAAUGUACGAUGGAAAAUUGUGCAGUCGUAGCAUUUGAUUUAAUCCGUAACGUGUCAUCAGGUGAAGUAGUUAUUGAUGAAAAUUCUAUUAAUCCGCUUUAUAAGGGGUUCAUUAAAGCAUAG